GACGCGGAGGGGGCGGAGCCCGUUCCUGGACGCGGAGGACGCUUUACGUACUGAAGCGGGGCCGGGGACUUCUGGGAAAAGCCAAGAGUUGAAAGAAAACGGUAACUUCGAACUUUCCUUCGGAUCAUGUGGAUCGCUCUCACCAUGCUCUCCAGGUAUUCACGACACCCCUCGUCUACUUCCUGCUCUUCAUUAUUCCAAACUUCCAAGAGCAUAUGUCAGGAAGUUGGCAUAGGCAGACAGCAAAUAUGGAGCCUUCGGAGAUACAAGGAUGGAAAAAAAUGCACCAGCGUGGUUCCACAUAACAUGCUACAUUCCUCCUCUAUGAGCUUCAAAAUAAACAAUAAACAUAACCAUCAAAAAAACUUUCCAGUAUUAGAUGGAAGCAUCCCUUCCCUGUAUAGACACAUAGUUGAAGGCAAUGCAAGAAACAGUGAGAUCUGCAUUCAGAGGUAUUCAGAGUUGCUUGUGAAGGUCAGUAAAGGAGGAGGAAAAGAUGCAAUAUUGCGCCACACUCAGAAGAACAAAAAGUUGCUUGUUCGUGAACGCUUAAAGAUGCUUCUUGAUGAUGAAAGUUUCCUUGAGCUCUCCCCUUUUGCAGGCCUUGAUAUGCCUUAUGGUGAUGUUCCUGCAGCAGGAUGUCUCACUGGUAUUGGAAAAAUCUGUGGAGUCUGGUGUGUCUUCAUGGCAAAUGAUGCAACUGUGAAAGGUGGGACCAUUUAUCCUAUUUCAGUGAAGAAACAACUGAGAGCUCAAGAAAUAGCAAUUAAAAAUAGACUUCCAUCAGUUUACCUUGUGGACAGUGGGGGAGCAUUCUUGCCACUUCAGGCAGAGUUGUUUCCUGACCAAUUCCAUGGAGGCCGAGUUUUCUACAAUGAGGCUGUGAUGUCUGCAUUGAAAAUCCCUCAGGUGGCAGUUGUGUGUGGUUCUUGUACUGCAGGAGGUGCUUAUGUUCCUACCAUGGCAGAGGAAACAGCUAUUGUAGAUAAAAUUGGCACAAUGUUUCUCGCCGGGCCCCCUUUAGUUAAAGCUGCCACAGGAGAAGAUAUUCAUCCCGAGGCACUGGGAGGAGCCAACCUGCAUGCUAAGGUCAGUGGCUGUGUUGACCAUUUUGCAUCUUCAGAAAAAGAAGCAUACGAAUGUGUUAGAAAUAUUAUUUCAACACUCAAUUAUGAAAUUCCUACAGAAGAAACUGUACAGUAUGACAGUCCCUUGUACAGUGCUGAUGAGCUUCUGGGGCUUGCACCACAAGAUUAUAGCUACACUCUACAUAUAAAAUUGAUCCUGAGUCGGAUGAUAGAUGGCAGCAGGUUCCAGGAAUUCAAAGCUAAUUAUGGAACUACCUUAGUAGCAGGAUUUGCCUACAUAGAAGGACAGCUAGUUGGAAUAGUGGCUAACAACGGUGAGCUGACCCAUGAAGCUUCUCUGAAGGGUUCCCACUUCAUACAGCUUUGUAGCCAACGAAACAUUCCAAUCCUUUUUCUCCUGAAUACAGCUUCAUGUGCAGCAGAGAUAACCAGUCUCACGCAGGCAGAGGAUCACACUAAUAGGCUGAAAGCACAAGCAUCCAUGAUGGCUGCAGUUGCUUGUGCUGCUGUUCCCAAGAUAACCCUUGUGAUUGGUGGCUGCUAUGGAAAUGAAAGCUAUGCUAUGUGUGGAAGAUCAUUUGAUCCAGACUUCCUGUUCCUCUGGCCCAAUGCAAGAAUAGGCCUUGUGGAUUCAAGACAUUGCCACACGCUCUCAUUUAUUUGGGAUGCUGAUCGACAAGGAGCAGAAGUAGACUUAAAACUAUUAAAGGAAAAACUAGAGGAAGAAAGCAGUGCAUUCUACUCUUCUGCCAGACUCUGGGAUGAUGGUGUAAUCCUACCGCAGAGUUCAAGGAAGGUUAUUGCACAAUGCUUAAGAAUUAUGAAACAGCAGAAAUACCAGAUCAUGUCCCCGCAACAGUCUCCUCUUCCUGUCAUAAGAAUGUAAGCAGGAAAACCUGCUGGUAAAAAAAUGAAUUUGAACAUCUGGCUCCCUGGAUGUUAAAUAGAAACAACUAGUAUUUUAAUAUUGUCAUCAUGAUUUCUUAGUAUGAAAAUGUUUGAUUUCUAUAUAUGUUUAUAUAUCAGUCUUCAAUCAUGCUUCUAUUACUGUCCACACCCAAUGAUAGGAUACUUUAAAUUGAUGUCUUUUGUGCUGAAUAUAACCAAACAAGUAUUAUGGAAAUCAUUUAUUAGCUGAUAUACCAAGGUUUAAGGUGUGUCAAGUUAAUAAUUUAAAACAAAACUUAAAUAAUACAGAAAACAGAUUUAACAGCACCAGAAACACCAGAAUAUACUAACCAGCCAAGCCAAAAGCUACCAUUUUACUGUUUUGUUUUUAAUUAUUUACUUGUUUUUAUCCUGUAUUCUGUCAGCCACCCUGAGAUCCUAUGAGGAAGGCUGGUGUAUAAACCUAAUAAAUUAAAUAAUUCUUUGCCACCACUUCCAAAAAAAA